CUGUGAAGCCGCCGAGACCAGGAACCUAGUUCCGACACCUGCAGGGUCCGGCACGCUAGUCAGUGGGGGUGCCUCAGAAAACAUGGCCCCGUGUGACCUCACUGUUUUCAUGAACGACCCCUUGCUCCCUCACAGCCAGACACGUCGCCACCCUCACAAGUGCGGCCGGUGGGACCUAGCUGGGACCCUCCCCGCCUGGGAAAGUCUGGGUGCUGGCUCCUAAAGCGCGCCGGCCAGACGCCCGUCCCACCAGCCCACCAGCUCAGGCCUCGGCAGGCCGCCGUCCCUAACGUCCUCGCUAGCGUCUUCGCCCCAUCCGGCUCCAGGCAAAACCCGGAGCGGCUGCCUCUCUGCAGCUCCCGGGAGACCGCGCGGCGCGGCGGCUAGAGCAUGCGCAGUGCGCAGGGCCGGCUCGAAGCGCAAGCAGGAAGCGUUCGCGGUGAUCCCGGCGACUGCGCUGGCUAAUGCGGUACCGGCUAGCGUGGCUUCGGCACCCCGCGCUGCCCAGCACCUUCCGCUCAGUCCUCGGCGCCCGCCUGCCGCCCCCGGAGCGCCUGUGUGGUUUCCAAAAAAAGACUUAUAGCAAAAUGAAUAAUCCAGCCAUCAGGAGAAUAGGAAAUCACAUUACCAAGUCUCCUGAAGACAAGCGAGAAUAUCGAGGGCUAGAGCUGGCCAAUGGCAUCAAAGUACUUCUUAUCAGUGAUCCCACCACGGAUAAGUCAUCAGCAGCACUUGAUGUGCAUAUAGGUUCAUUGUCGGAUCCUCCAAAUAUUGCUGGCUUAAGUCAUUUUUGUGAACAUAUGCUUUUUUUGGGAACAAAGAAAUACCCUAAAGAAAAUGAAUACAGCCAGUUUCUCAGUGAGCAUGCAGGAAGUUCAAAUGCCUUUACUAGUGGAGAACAUACCAAUUACUAUUUUGAUGUUUCUCAUGAACACCUAGAAGGUGCCCUAGACAGGUUUGCACAGUUUUUUCUGUGCCCCUUGUUCGAUGAAAGUUGCAAAGACAGAGAGGUGAAUGCAGUUGAUUCAGAACAUGAGAAGAAUGUGAUGAACGAUGCCUGGAGACUCUUUCAGUUGGAAAAAGCUACAGGGAAUCCUAAACACCCCUUUAGUAAAUUUGGGACAGGUAACAAAUAUACUCUGGAGACUAGACCAAACCAAGAAGGCAUUGAUGUAAGACAAGAGCUACUGAAAUUCCAUUCUACUUACUAUUCAUCCAAUUUAAUGGCUGUUUGUGUUUUAGGUCGAGAAUCUUUAGAUGACUUGACUAAUCUGGUGGUAAAGUUAUUUUCUGAAGUAGAGAACAAAAGUGUCCCACUGCCAGAAUUUCCUGAACACCCUUUCCAAGAAGAACAUCUUAAACAACUUUACAAAAUAGUUCCCAUUAAAGAUAUUAGGAAUCUCUAUGUGACAUUUCCCAUACCUGACCUUCAGAAAUACUACAAAUCAAAUCCUGGUCAUUAUCUUGGUCAUCUCAUUGGGCAUGAAGGUCCUGGAAGUCUGUUAUCAGAACUUAAAUCAAAGGGCUGGGUUAAUACUCUUGUUGGUGGGCAGAAGGAAGGAGCCCGAGGUUUUAUGUUUUUUAUCAUUAAUGUGGACUUGACCGAGGAAGGAUUAUUACAUGUUGAAGAUAUAAUUUUGCACAUGUUUCAAUACAUUCAGAAGUUACGUGCAGAAGGACCUCAAGAAUGGGUUUUCCAAGAGUGCAAGGACUUGAAUGCUGUUGCUUUUAGGUUUAAAGACAAAGAGAGGCCACGGGGCUAUACAUCUAAGAUUGCAGGAAUAUUGCAUUAUUAUCCUCUAGAAGAAGUACUCACAGCAGAAUAUUUACUGGAAGAAUUUAGACCUGACUUAAUAGAGAUGGUUCUCGAUAAACUCAGACCAGAAAAUGUCCGGGUUGCAAUAGUUUCUAAAUCUUUUGAAGGAAAAACUGAUCGCACAGAAGAGUGGUAUGGAACCCAGUACAAACAAGAAGCUAUACCAGAUGAAGUCAUCAAGAAAUGGCAAAAUGCUGACCUGAAUGGGAAAUUUAAACUUCCUACAAAGAAUGAAUUUAUUCCUACGAAUUUUGAGAUUUUACCGUUAGAAAAAGAGGCAACACCAUACCCUGCUCUUAUUAAGGAUACAGCUAUGAGCAAACUCUGGUUCAAACAAGAUGAUAAGUUUUUUUUGCCGAAGGCUUGUCUCAACUUUGAAUUUUUCAGUCGCUACAUUUAUGCUGAUCCUCUUCAUUGCAACAUGACAUACCUGUUUAUCAGGUUAUUGAAGGAUGAUUUAAAAGAGUAUACAUAUGCAGCACGCCUCUCAGGUUUGAGCUAUGGCAUUGCAUCAGGAAUGAAUGCAAUACUUCUUUCCGUGAAAGGUUACAAUGACAAGCAGCCAAUUUUACUAAAGAAGAUUAUUGAGAAAAUGGCUACCUUUGAGAUUGAUGAAAAAAGAUUUGAAAUUAUCAAAGAAGCAUAUAUGCGAUCUCUUAACAAUUUCCGGGCUGAACAGCCUCACCAGCAUGCCAUGUACUACCUGCGCUUGCUGAUGACUGAAGUGGCCUGGACUAAAGAUGAGUUAAAAGAAGCUCUGGAUGAUGUAACCCUUCCUCGCCUUAAGGCCUUCAUACCUCAGCUCCUGUCACGGCUGCACAUUGAAGCCCUUCUCCAUGGAAACAUAACAAAGCAGGCUGCAUUAGGAAUUAUGCAGAUGGUCGAAGACACCCUUAUUGAACAUGCUCAUACCAAACCUCUCCUUCCAAGUCAGCUGGUUCGGUAUAGAGAAGUUCAGCUCCCUGACAGAGGAUGGUUUGUUUAUCAGCAGAGAAAUGAAGUUCACAAUAACUGUGGCAUCGAGAUAUACUACCAAACAGACAUGCAAAGCACCUCAGAGAAUAUGUUUCUGGAGCUCUUCUGUCAGAUUAUCUCGGAACCUUGCUUCAACACCCUGCGCACCAAGGAGCAGUUGGGCUAUAUCGUCUUCAGUGGGCCACGUCGAGCCAAUGGCAUACAGGGCCUGCGAUUCAUCAUCCAGUCAGAAAAGCCACCUCACUACCUAGAAAGCAGAGUGGAAGCUUUCUUAAUUACCAUGGAAAAGUCCAUAGAGGACAUGACAGAAGAGGCCUUCCAAAAACACAUUCAAGCAUUAGCAAUUCGUCGACUAGACAAACCAAAGAAGCUAUCUGCAGAGUGUGCUAAAUAUUGGGGAGAAAUCAUCUCCCAGCAAUAUCAUUUUGACAGAGAUAACACUGAAGUUGCAUAUUUAAAGACACUUACCAAGGAAGAUAUCAUCAAAUUCUACAAGGAAAUGUUGGCAGUAGAUGCCCCAAGGAGACAUAAGGUAUCCGUCCAUGUUCUUGCCAGGGAAAUGGAUUCUUGUCCUGUUGUUGGAGAGUUCCCAUGUCAAAAUGAUAUAAAUUUGUCACAAGCACCAGCCUUGCCACAACCUGAAGUGAUUCAGAACAUGACCGAAUUCAAGCGUGGUUUGCCACUGUUUCCCCUUGUGAAACCACAUAUUAACUUCAUGGCUGCAAAACUCUGAAGAUUCCCCAUGCGUGGGAAAGUGCAAGUGGAUGCAUUCCUGAGUCUUCCAGAGCCUAGGAAAAUCAUCUUGGCCACUUUAAUAGUUUCUGAUUCAUUAUUAGAGAAACAAACUGAAAAGUUGUCAAAUGUCAUUAUGUAGAAAUAUUAUAAAUCCAAAGUAAUUAAAUUACAAAAUCUUAUAGAUGUAGAAUAUUUUUUAAAUACAUGCCUCUUAAAUAUUUUAAAAUUUUUCUUUUCAUUACUGAGAGAAAUUUCCCCUAUAUAACAAUGCUUAAAAUGAAUGCUAUUCCUGUAGAAUCUUCCUUCCCUAUUCUGUAAAAUAGUCACUUGUCCGAAGAAAGUAAAAGUUAGUUCUUUUCUAAAAGCCUCCUAGGUUGACAUAGAAGGCUUCACAACAUUUAGAAAGUAAUACCUUUUUAAAAAUUGAUCCUCAAAUUUGCUUUCUACUUGAUGGUUUCAUGUAAAUCAGUGGAAAACAUUACAUUUGGCAGAUGAUAAAGCAAUGUAAUCUUCUUUUACUAGUGAAAUUGCUGGUUAUAUAAGGCAUGGUUUUAAUCUUUUUAUAAAAUUUGAACAUGUUUUUUAUUCCAACUAGUAAAAUGCUAGAAAACCCUACUUAUUUACAAUGCUAGAAAUACAGACUUACCUUACAUCAAUUUUGUCCUAAACCGAAUUUCUCAGGAUUACUGUGGUUUCUUUCAUUCUGGUUGAAUUAUAUUGACCUUCUUCUUCAUAGUUGGUUUGCAGUGUUCCAUGAGUUUUACUUUUCCUCAUCAACAUAUUGCUUUAACACAACAUAUUUAUUUAACACAUACAAAUAGGGUCAAUUUCAGAUCCUACUGAGUGUGUGACAUGCUUUUCCAACAUCAGCUUUUUGUAACCACCUGUAUAACUUUUUAUUACAGUGAAAUUGCAGUCAGUAUGUGAACCAAAAUAUCUUGCCCCUUUAUGAAUUUAAAAGGCAGCAAAUACAAAGUCACCUUUUUGGAAAUAUAAAAAAUAAAGCCUUGCAUUCUUAUAUAGCAGGUCUUCAUAAGACUCUAAAAUUCCUUGUUGCUACCAGUCUAAUCUUGCCUUAAAUGUUAAGUUAUUUUUUUGAAUAUAUAAAUAUAAACACAUACACAGAUGAUGACUGGAGUGGACUUUUAAAAAAAUAUUUUUUUCAUGAGAUACUAUUUUAGGUGAAAUUGUUACUGUAGAUUUAACAGCUGUUUUGAAAUAUUUACUGUUAUUAAAACUUGCUUCAAGAGAAAUUGUGAAUAUAUUUCCAUAUACAAGCACUAGUAACAGUAAGUGGCCCUGUCAUCCACUAACUCAGGCACAGUAAAGAAUGGCAUUUUCAAAGGACAUUUUACCUCCCCAUAUGAUUUGAUUGGCUAGGACUUUCUUCUGUAGAGUCGUAUCUUUUCACAUCUUAAGUUUUUACAUUUGCCAUUUUCCAAAUCUCAAUUUGGGGCAAGAACGACAUAGUCACAACUAUGGACCUGCUUUCAAAAGCGGGGCUCCAUUUCUACUGUCAGAUCAGUGUGGUGCUGUGACCAUGUUUUUAUCCCUACUUCCAAGAAUCUCCUUGUAUGAAGCCUGUCUUUGUCCAUCGGAAGGUGUAUGAAAUCACUUCCUUCUGGUUUUAUGCAUUUGUAGACUAUGCAGCUUUUCAUUAAACUGCAAGUAUAUACAAGACAGAUCUAAAAUUAGGCCUGAGUGUUCCAAUCCACCACUGUACUAGUAAAUAAAAAUCCACCUACCUUUUAUGUGGAAAAUUAUGUGCUAUUGAGUAACUUUUAGCUCUUUUUAAAAAGUGGGUGAAAUUUAAGUGUCUUUUUUUAUGAGAAUGACACAUGAAGAGAUCUGAGAGCAAUCUCAUGUAGUCUUCCAUGAACCUGCAAUUGUUGUUUAGUAUGCGUCAGCAUUUUCCAGUUUCCAGGUUGGAUCUAGAGCUGCUGUUGAUCACUCAGGCAUACUAAUGGAUUCAUUUAGAUGGGUCCAAGCUGCAGUCCAUGAGCAAUAACAGACUACCCCAUAUACUGCAGUUUACUCAGUGCUUAGUAAAUGAGAUUUGUGGAACUAAGUUAUUGGUUACCUGAGGCUUCUUAAGAAAGUCUUCUUUUUUGACCAGUUGAUGUGAAAGAGGGAGCAUGUGACACAGCCAGUAUGGUGGAGUGCUAGGGUUAUCCUGUUUACAAUAAAUUGCCUGAAUUUCA